AUGACAGGAUCUCGCGAUUUAAACGCUCAAAUUGAAAGUUUAGUAAACCGUCUUCGUAGACGUCAAGUUAUAGGUUCUUUAUCUGCUUCACUUGAAACAGCAUUAUUACUUCGACAUAUCGUAUCUACUACUCGUUGGAAACAUAUCAAUGUACUUAUAAAUGUAAUUAAAGAUGUUGGAAGAAGAUUGGUAAUGGCUCAACCAAAAGAACUUGUGGUUGGUAAUAUAGUUCGUAGAGUUUUACGUUUAAUUCGUGAUAUUAAGGAAGCCAAUUUUUUUGGUGCAAAUUCUGAAUAUAUCAUGUCUGGUUCAGAUGAUGGUAGAAUAUUUAUAUGGGAUAAAAUCACAGGAGAAGUAGUUAAUUUAUUAAAAGGCGACUCGAGAGUAGUUAAUUGUCUUCAACCACACCCACAUCUCCCAAUAUUAUGCACAUCUGGUAUUGAUAAUGAUGUAAAGAUUUGGUAUCCAGAGGGAGAAGAGAAUGAUCUUUCAGAUUUACAAAAAGUAAUAGAGCGUAAUGAACUUGAAGUGGAGAAUAUCAAUGAAGAUAAUGAUCCAAAUCCUAUGUUUCUAUUGUCUGGUGAUUUUAUUCAGAUUAUUGAAGCUAUAAUCAAUCAAUCUGGAAGGCACUUUAUGGAUUGA